AUGGGACGUCCUCAAGCUCACGCUUGUGAAUCUGCGGUCAGCGAAUAUCCGGAUCCCAGCAGCUUACAAACCUGGGGCGGUAUCACUGCUUGUCAGCUCUUGCAACAAGACGCCAAAGCUCACCACCGUCGUCGUCGCAAGCGUUUGCAAACCUGGCUUCCACCCUCCCUCACUAGCCUCAUCGUCUCCCACUUUGAUACCUCCCUUGCUGCUUAA